UUUUGCUUAUUCCAUUUUUAUAUUUUUUUAUUUUACAAGUCACAAUAUAUAAUCCAGAUUGGCUUAAAACUCUUCCUGCUUCAACCUCCCAGACUUCUGGAAUUACAGGCGUGAGAUAUCACUCCUGGUCACCUAUUUAUUUGUUUUAAAGACAAGGUGACUAAGGCUCCGGGUGUCUCACGGAGAAACUUCUCUAUCCCCACCACAACUGGUAAACAAAGCUAGGGUCUCAGACCUCUCCCACACUUUUUGCCCCAGUCCUCAAUUGCCUGGAGCAGUGGCCCUUUAAAUCUUUAGUGUCAAUCAAGGCCUUGGUUUCAAGGGACUAUCGAGUAAUACUCCUUCCCUCGAGUGCGUCUACUUGUGUCCAGACCGGGGACAGGGUUUCCUGUUCCGCAGUGUUGGGCAUAGGAAUUUGUCCCUACUCCCUUGCAUCUGACUGUUUCCAUCCCGCCCACCUCCUCCCAUCACCUCCCGCCUAUUCGCCUACUCGUCCUGUCUCGCUUGUCCUGGCCCCUUUGCCAGGGCCUUCCUUAUUUGGGCACGGCUCCGAACCCCGGCUGCUCAUUGGCUCGGGCCGUCACGCGCGCGUCUGUCAACAAAGGGGCGUGCCAGAGCGCUCAGCGCGCCAGCCCGCGCAAGGGGGCGGGCCCACAAGGCUAGAGUGCGCAUGCUUGUGGGUCGCCAUUCUCCCUGCCGCCUGGAGGAGGCGCUGCGGCCUCUCCAGUUCUGAGAUUACAGGCUUACAGUACCAUGCCCUGUUGGAGGGUUAUUUUCAUGUUGAUGUCUGGAAGAGAUGGGCCAAAGAUGGACACUAGGGCUCUGCUACUCACUGGUGGCCUGGAGAGCUCCCCACUACCAUCCUGGCCCUGAGACUGAGUGACUACCUGCUGCUGUUUGUCAUCAGUGCCCAGCAUGGACAGGGGCAGCCUCCUGCCCUUCCAACUCUGGUGCCCCCGGCCCUUCAGCAAGUAUUCCCAGAACCAGCCGCGUCCACCUUCCGCAACCCUCAAGCCACCAGUCUGUCCUGACACAAGCAGCGGGACUGAGCCAGACCACAGGCCUGCACACUUGGAGAGCACACCACCUGCCUUGGCUGCAGAAGCCCCCACCUCCCAGCAUGCUCCACUCCUCUCUACAGCAGCUUCAGGUGAUGAGGGUCGAGUCCUGCUGGACACGUGGUAUGUUAUCAAACCUGGAAAUACAAAGGAGAAGGUGGCUUUCUUUGUGGCCCACCAGUGUGGUGGAGGUAGCCGGGCUAGCUCUAUGAAGGUCAAAGGGCACUGGGGCAGUGACAGCUCCAAAGCUAAGAGGAGGAGGCGCUGCCUUGAGCCCACCAAGGCUCCUCCAGACCAAGGGGGCCAAGAAGGGACCCCUGCCACUGAGGUGGCCCCCACUUCAUCCGGGGAUGAUGUAGACCUGCUCUCUGUAGCAGAAAUGGUGGCCCUGGUUGAACAGAGAGCUGCCCUGGCCCUGCAGAGUUACCCACGCCCGAGUACCCCAGCUCCUGUGGUCUUUGUGUCAGCUGAGCAGGGGGGACCAGCCAAGGGGCUAGGGUCAGAAAGGCGGUCUGGUGGUGGUGACUGCAGCCGAGUUGCUGAGGCAGUGGCCCACUUUGAGGCCCAGCGGGACAGCCCUCCUACCAAGGGUCUCCGCAAGGAGGAGCGGCCAGGCCCUGGGCCAGGAGAGGUGCGAAUAGCCUUCCGUAUCUCCAAUGUCCGGGAGCCCCAGUCACCAGAUGGCAGCUUAGCCAAUGGGGGUGGAGGUCGGCCUGCUUGUCCCUACCCUGGUAGUCCUGGGCCUGGGACUCGAGCCAAAGACAAAAUCACCUGCGACUUGUACCAGCUGAUCAGCCCCUCUAGGGAUGCCCUUCCCAGCAACGUGGAGUUCCUACUGGCCAGGGCCGAUGAAGCAAGUGAGGGUGAGACACCAGCCCCGGCCAGGCCUGAGGACACUCCACCAGCACCCCCUCCGCCCCCUGCCCGGGACUGUGGUGCAUCAGGAUUCCACGUGGACGUGGUGGUGACAGGAGUAGUGGAUGCCUGCAUCUUCUUUGGCAAAGAUGGCACCAAGAAUGUGAAGGAAGAGACUGUGUGCCUGACCGUGAGCCCCGAGGAGCCACCCCCUCCUGGACAGCUCUUCUUCCUCCAGUCCCGGGGGCCGGAAGGGCCUCCUGAGCCACCCCCAGCUGAUACAGCAAGCAAGGUGCCAGGCCCCGAGGAUUCUGAGGGCACAACAGACACCUCCCUGUGCCGCCUGUACCGGCACGUGUCGCAUGACUUCCUGGAGAUUCGCUUCAAAAUCCAGCGUCUCCUGGAGCCGAGGCAGUACAUGCUGCUGCUGCCGGAGCAUGUGCUCGUCAAGAUAUUCAGCUUCCUGCCCACACGGGCCCUGGCUGCCCUCAAGUGCACCUGCCACCACUUCAAGGGUAUCAUUGAGGCCUUUGGUGUACGAGCCACGGACUCUCGCUGGAGCCGGGACCCCCUCUACCGAGAUGACCCUUGUAAGCAGUGCCGCAAGAGAUAUGAGAAGGGUGAUGUGUCACUCUGCCGCUGGCACCCCAAACCCUACCACCACGACCUGCCUUAUGGACGUUCCUACUGGAUGUGCUGCCGCAGAGCCGACCGCGAGACCCCAGGCUGUCGCCUGGGCUUGCAUGACAACAACUGGGUACUGCCGUGUAACGGAGUAGGUGGAGGCCGUGCUGGCCGGGAAGAGGGGAGGUGAAGCCUGGGGCUGAGGGGACACCUGUGAUACCUAGCCCCUCCCCACUUUGCUGGGAGCUGGGGACCAGGACUGAGUCACCAGCCGACACCUACCAGUCCAUGCAGCAUUGAUCUCCCACCAGAACUGGGACCAGGUUUGGGGGUCAACGGGGUAAAUACCUUGCUUGACCUCCGUUGGUUUCCUAUUCUUCAGAGCCAGGACCAUGGACCCUCAGAGAGGGUUGUGGUUUUUUGCUUUUUUUUUUUAAAUCAGCAUCUCAGUUUCACCUCCAUCCGUCCCCAACUGCAUCCCCGAGUCUCCACCCCAGAGACCCACCAGCAGGGAGCAGAUGGCAGCUACUUUGGUACCACCUGAGGCUUUCCUCAAGCUGGCCCUCUCCGUUCUGUGCCUCCCCCAGCUGUCUUUGGAGCUGUGUUUACCCAAGGCGCUGCAUGCUCUGAGGGUGGCUCAUCCAGGCCCUUAACUCCCAACUCUAGUCGGCACUUUUUUGAGGCAGCCCACCAUUUCUAGAUGUUUUCCUCAUUAAAUAAAAAAAAAGAAAAUGUUUUCUUCUGAACCUCAAACUACCAGAGUCUCCCUUUCCCUUAGAGGGAAAGGAGGGGUGCAAUCCCCUCAAGUGUAAGAGAACCCCCUUUAAGCUCUUGUCACUGACUCUCUCCUCAGUAAAGCUGUGAAGCCCUUGCCUCACUCCUGGAUGGCGAGCAGGCCAGAGGGCAAGGCCAGGUCUGAAUUCCCCUGAUUCUUCUUCCACUUGGGGUUCUCUCUGAGGCAUUAGGGUCUCUGCACCCACCACACCCCCAGCCACAAGUUUCUUUAGAAUCUUUUGGUUACCUGGGGCCUUGAUUUUGAGACAGUUUGGUCCAAAUACUUUUGUUUAGGGUUUUUUCUUGUUUUGGGGUUUCAUUUUGUUUUUUCCUUCAUUGUGGUUCCGGAAGCUUCUAGUGUGUGGCAUCUGACCAAUUUUUAAUUGGUUCUUUCUAUAAAAUCAAUAUUUAUAAAA